AUGCGUUGUGUAAGUUGGCUGCUGUUGGGGACCUCUCUCCUGGUUUUGGGUCCAGCGGUCACAGGCGCCCCGGGGCAAUGUCCGAACCUAUGCCAUUGCCACGGCGACCUACAGCACGUGAUCUGCUACGACGUGGGACUGAAGAAGAUACCAAGAGUUUCCGAAGCUACGCGUCUGCUCAAUUUACAAAGGAAUAAUCUGGGUAACAUUCCCACUGGCGCUUUCAGUGAGAGUAAAGGACUGGUUUCGCUACAUAUGCAAAAUUGCCACCUCAGAGAAAUUGGCUCCCAGGCGUUUAAAGGGCUAACAAAGCUCGUUUAUCUCUAUUUAUCCAACAAUGAGAUCACUACCAUCAAACCGGGCGCGUUCGAAGAUUUGACAGAACUGACAUAUCUGCAUCUAGAUGGAAACCAGAUCACAGAAUUGGCAAAGGGACUAUUCGCUCCAAUGAUAAACCUGUUCAUAUUACAACUAAACAACAACAGACUAAGAGAGCUUCGACCUGGGACAUUUGCAGGUGCCAAAGUCUUGCGUUGGCUUCACAUGGCCAACAAUACUCUGACCACACUGCAGCCUGGAUCCCUGGAUGAAGUGGAGAACCUGGCGAUCCUGCAUUUGGAUGGGAACAGGAUGGCGACCUAUCCCAUUGCAGCCAUGAGUAAACUGAGAGUGGUGGAGGAGCUAACCCUUGGCAGGAACCCCAUGAAGACCAUCCCAGACCUGGCGUUCCAGAGCUUCGGACGAUACAUGGAGAGACUGCACUUAGACAAUAUGGGGCUGGAGAGGUUCUCAGAUGGAGCAUUCACAGGUGUCACUGCCAUCAAGUCUCUUUACCUGGACAACAACAGACUCAAGACCCUCCCCAAAAGUCUGGAGUAUGGAACUCUGACCAAUAUGACCCUGAACAACAACCCCUGGACCUGCAACUGCUCACUCUCUCCACUCAGGAGGUGGAUGGACUCGAGCCGUAUCCGCCCUGAUGCCCAGUGUGCCUCUCCGGCUCAGCAGAGGGGCAGGCAGAUACGGGACAGCUCUGCCUUCAACAGCUGCAAAGUCAAACAGAAGAGAGCCAAGAAGGGCACACGCUAAUAAAACAUGAGAAUAUCAGGACCUAUUGACACGACCAGCAGCAAAACGGAAAAGCCUAACUCAUCCUUUAAGACAAUAAGCAUUUGUAAAAUCUAGGUAAAACUACACAUGGCACAGAUUAAAUAUAAGAAGGGCAUUCAUAUCACCUGUAUUUUGUGUAUAUUGAAGCUGGUUGGACAGGUAUGAUGUGAAAUGGAGACAAUUGAAUGCAUAAUGUAUUGACCAAUUUCCACGAUUCCCCCAUUUAAAUUAAAUUUAACUUAUGUCUGAAAUAAAUAAAUAAAACAUAAUAUUUUUCUUCUGUUGCAUAAUGAAUCUGCUAUUAUUGCAAUAUACAUUUAGAAAGAAAAAUGUCA